AUGGCUAGAUACACUAUAUUGGAACGCGGUUUGGAGAUAUGGCGUAUUGAAAAUUUCAAGCCAGUUCCUGUACCGACAUCUUCACAUGGAAAAUUUUACAUGGGUGAUUCAUAUAUCAUCUUAAAGACAACAGCCUUGAAAAACGGUUCCUUCCGCCAUGAUAUCCAUUAUUGGCUUGGUAAAGAUACUAGUCAGGAUGAAGCAGGAACUGCUGCAAUUUUAACUGUGGAGCUUGACGCUGCACUUGGAGGGCGUGCUGUCCAGUACCGGGAAUCGCAAGGCAAUGAAACUGAAAAGUUGCUCUCAUAUUUUAGACCAUGUAUCAUGCCACAGCCAGGAGGGGUAGCUUCUGGGUUCAAUCAUGUAGAAGUCAAUGAGCAGGAGCACGUUACCAGGUUAUAUGUGUGCAGAGGAAAGCAUGUUGUUCAUGUUAAGGAGGUUCCUUUUGCUCGAUCUUCCCUCAACCACGACGACAUAUUUAUUUUGGAUACCAAGUCCAAAAUAUUCCAGUUCAAUGGCUCCAACUCAUGUAUUCAAGAGAGAGGAAAAGCUCUCGAAGUUGUGCAGUAUAUCAAAGAUACUUUCCAUGAGGGGAAGUGUGAAGUCGCAGCUGUUGAGGAUGGAAAGUUGAUGGCUGAUGCCGAAGCUGGUGAAUUUUGGGCUUUGUUUGGUGGCUUUGCUCCUCUUCCGAGGAAGACAGCUUCAGAGGAGACUGGGGAAGAAACAGAAGCUGCAGUCAAAUUGCUAUGUUUUAAUCAAGGACAGCUGGAGCCUAUUGGUUUUGAAUCGUUGACGCAUGAUUUGCUUGAGACAAACAAAUGCUACUUGUUAGAUUGUGGUGCUCAAAUGUAUGUUUGGAUGGGCAGAACUACUUCUUUGCAACAGAGGAAAGGUGCAAGUGAAGCUGCCGAGAAAUUGCUCACUGGUGAUAGCCGAACAAAAUCACAUGUUAUGAAAAUGAUUGAGGGAUACGAAACAGUAACGUUCAAGUCAAAAUUUAAUGAGUGGCCACCAACUCCUGAUUUGAAAUUGUCGUCUGAGGACGGAAGAGGCAAAGUUGCAGCUCUCCUCAAAAGUCAAGGAUUAGAUGUCAAGGGCUUGAUGAAAAGUGCACCUGUAACAGAAGAACCUGAGUCUUAUAUUGAUUGCACUGGUCAUUUACAGGUCUGGCGUGUAAAUGGAAAUGCCAAGACUCUUCUGGCAUCAUCCGAACAAUCAAAAUUUUACACUGGAGAUUGCUACAUUUUUCAAUACACAUAUACUGGAGAGGACAAAGAGGAAUGUCUUAUUGGAACAUGGUUUGGGAAUAAGAGUGUUGAGGAGGAGAGGGUUGCAGCAAUUUCACUGGCUAGCAAGAUGGUUCAGGCUGCAAAAUUCCAGGCUACCAUGGCUCGCCUUUAUGAAGGGAAAGAACCAAUUCAGUUCUUUGUCAUAUUUCAGAGUCUCCAAGUGUUUAAGGGUGGUCUUAGCUCUGGAUACAAGAAAUUCAUUGCUGAAAAUGGUCUGGAUGAUGAUAGUUACUCUGAAGCUGGACUAGCGCUAUUCCGGAUUCAAGGCUCAGGACCAGAAAACAUGCAAGCAAUUCAAGUAGAUGCAGUGUCUUCAUCCUUAAAUUCGUCAUAUUGUUACGUUCUACAUGAUGGAAACAGUGUGUUCACAUGGAUUGGGAACCUGACUACCUCACUGGAUCAGGAGUUAAUUGAGAGACAGCUAGAUGCAAUUAAGUCAGAUCUGCCAUCCAGAUCACAGAAGGAGGGCAGAGAAACUGAUAAAUUCUGGGAAUUACUGGGUGGUAAAGUGAAGUAUUCAAACAAGAAAAUAGAAACAGAGCAGGAAAGUGACCCUCGUCUUUUUUCAUUGGAGUUUGCAUUCCAACAUGUACUGACACUUCUGUUCUUCCGGUGCCAACAAUAUUGCUGUUGGGGGGUUCAAGAUGGCAACUUGAGGGUCAAAGAAGUAUAUCACUUUACUCAGGAUGAUCUGAUAGCAGAGGAUGUUUUUGUUCUAGAUUGUCACUCGUACAUAUUUGUUUGGUUCGGUCAGGAGGUUGAUGCUAAAGUGAAAACACAAGCUAUGGAUAUUGGAGAGAAAUUUCUCGUGCGCGAUUUCCUUAGGGAAAAUCUCUCCCGGGAAACAACGAUUUUCACUGUCUCGGAAGGAAGUGAGCCUCAAUUUUUUACUAGGUUCUUCACCUGGGACUCUGCAAAAUCUUUGAUGCAUGGCAGUUCAUACCAAAGGAAGCUUGCCAUUUUAAAGGGUGGAGCAACUAAAUUGCUUGAUAAACCAAAACGCCGAACACCAGCAGUUUCAGGAAGAGGUGCAGCACAAGAUAAAGCUCAGCGCUCAAGAAGCAUGUCCACCAGCCCGGAGUGCCACCGCGUUCGAGGCAGAUCUCCGGCCUUUGCAGCAUUAACUUCUGCCUUUGAGAAACCUAGUACCAGGAAUCUUUCCACCCCUCCCCCUGCUGUUAAAAAGCUUUUCCCUAAAUCAACCGGACCUGAUACGUCGAAAGAGGCAGCUAUCAGUGAGCUCACCAGUUCUUUGGAGGGUCCCUUGAAAAGAACAAUACCGAAGUCAGUAAAAGCGAGCCAAGAGGCAGGGAAGGCAAUACAGGAGGAAGAUGGCGCAGGCGACGACGAGCCAGAGGAUGACGAGGGGCGUACAGUCUUCCCGUACGAACGCCUGGUAACCACAUCCGAGGAUCCUGCGCUCGACAUCGACAUCACCCAGCGAGAGAUCUACUUAUCGACGGCCGAGUUCCGCGAGAAGUUGGGCAUGAAAAGGACAGCGUUCUACAAGCUCCCCAAGUGGAAGCAGAACAAGCUGAAAUCUGCAGUGCAGCUCUUUUAG